GCUGAUAUGAAUAUAUAAAUUCUGUAGGAAUCCAAAUGCCUUUCGUCUCCAACCUCUCUUGAUCUCUCCUCUCGUCACGCGCCACCAUCGAAGAGAGAGACCCAGAAAAAAAAAAUGCACGCUCCGAUGGGGCCCCGUCUUGCUCUCCUCGUCUUGAUGGCUGCGGCCUUUGUCGGAGCCUGCUUCAACCAUGUGGUGGCAAGGAUGUCGCCCUAUCAUCGACCGAAAUCACGCGCUGCGAUGUCCGUCUGGGACUCCAACAAUGAGUCUUCGGCUUCUCCUCAACAGGUGCAUGUAUCUCUGGUGGGCCAAGAUAAAAUGAGGAUCUCAUGGAUCACCCAAGACUCGGUUCCUCCGACCGUGGAAUACGGCAAGUCGCCGGGCGUAUACCAGAAUUCAUCGACAGGAACUACAAGUUCGUACAAGUAUACACUGUAUACGUCCGGGAAGAUCCACGAGGCUGUCAUUGGUCCGCUGGAAACAAAUACAGUGUAUUACUACCGAUGUAGCUCGGACUCAUCUCGCGAGUUCAGUCUCAAAACCCCUCCGGCACAGUUUCCGAUCAAAUUCGCAAUAGUAGGCGACCUCGGACAGACAGAAUGGACCAAAACAACCCUUCAACACAUAGGGCAAUCGAACUAUGACGUCAUGCUGCUGCCGGGCGACCUGUCGUACGCCGACUUCUACCAGCCUCGGUGGGACUCGUUCGGCCGCCUUGUCGAGCCCCUGGCCAGCCAGAGGCCCUGGAUGGUGACCCAAGGGAACCAUGAUGUUGAGAAGAUACCUAUCAUUCAUCCUCAUUCCUUCACGUCCUACAACGCGAGGUGGCGGAUGCCAUAUGAGGAGAGCGGCUCGGACAGCAACCUCUACUACUCAUUCAACGUCGCCGGGGUCCACAUCAUCAUGCUGGGCUCAUACACGGACUUUGACCCAAGCUCGGCCCAGUACAAGUGGUUGCAAGCCGACUUGGGGAAGGUGGACCGGACGAGGAGCCCUUGGGUAGUGGUGCUGCUCCAUGCUCCAUGGUAUAGUUCUAACACUGCUCAUCAAGGCGAGAAGGAAUCGGUCGGGAUGAAAGCCUCCAUGGAAGGUUUGCUCUAUCAAGCGCGAGUCGACAUGAUUUUCACUGGGCAUGUGCAUGCCUAUGAGCGCUUCACCCGUGUCUAUAACGAAAAAGCCGAUGAUUGUGGUCCGGUGCACAUCACCAUUGGCGACGGCGGCAACCGCGAAGGCCUUGCCAAAAGUUACAUGGAUCCGACACCGCAGAUAUCAGUAUUCCGAGAGGCGAGCUUUGGGCACGGGCAACUGGAGGUAGUGAAUGCGACUCAUGCACUCUGGACAUGGCAUAGGAAUGACAAUGAUGAGGCCGUGGAAGCAGAUUCAACUUGGUUGACAAGCCUCUCGUCCAACCCAGGAUGUAAAGUGUGA